AUGGAGGACUACUUGGACUUUGUCACUCAAAACUGGCUUCUGUCGAUCCCGCAAAAAUUACAAUUUCGACAUCCCCGCCUAGGGCUCGCGCCGAGCAAUCAGCCUCGGAUUUUGCACCGUCUCCGGACUUUGUGUUAUCUCCGCGGCAAUUAUAUGCGCCUUUUUAUCCAUCGACACCAUGUGCUGAAUCCCGACAACGUUAAGGCGGAUAUGCAAAGUAUGCGUCUAGUCGUUGAGAUCGCCAAAGACAGUAUUGAGGUGUUGGUCCACUUGAACGGAACGAGCGAUAUAUACGUUCGCCAACAACCUAUAUAUCAUUUCUACCUGCUGAGCGGUCUUGCUAUCUUGCUUCUCGCUGUCUGCCAUGCCCCGAGUAUGUUUGUAGAGACAUGCCGGGACUCUUUUGAGUCCGCCGUUGAGCUUGUCAAAGGCUUCUCCCGCAACAGCUCCGCUAGCCGCAGACCGUGGAAGAGCAUUUGUGGUCUUUUACCUGUCAUUGGGUCACUCGGCAGUCAAGAAGGUGCGGCUUCUGCGAAGGAUACCAGUGGUAUCACUGAGGCCGCUGCUCUAAGCUCUAAGUCAUGGGAGCAAGACCAAGACCAACCGCAACAUGGGACCACCGGAGAGACCAUUAUCGGGCCGGACAGCCUUUGGAUGGACAACAACUCAACCUUCACUCCAGACCUUGGCACUUCAAUCCCCGACGUCUUUGACAUGAGCAACAACCUCAUAGACCUAUACAAUGCUUUCGGCUCAACUGGUAUGGCUCAGCCUAUGCAGUUGGAAGCUGUAGCGGGCAACUCGAGUGGACAAGGUCCCCCAGGGUGGGAGAUGGAUGAGAUUUUGCGGCACUUUCAAGGUCUCAUUUGA